AUGCGGAGGCUGCCUCCGCACACGGGUUCCGCUUGUCCUUCGCACACAAGUUCCACAUUUUUUCCUCCUGUUGACAAUUUGCUUGACAGCAAUGGAUUGCAGAGAGGAUCUGAGCAAUGGAAAAAUGAACAAUCUUUCCGUCAACCAACAAUGGGUGAUGGAGUUGCUUCCUUUAGUUCAGAAGAAGAGGGUCCUGGAAUAGAAGGCUUUCAAAUUAUUGGGGAGGCUAAACCAAGAUGUAAACUCUUAGGUUGUGGAUAUCCUGUACGCAGAACUUCUCUUUGGGCCACUAAUCCAGAUUAUGUAGUGACAGCUGAUGAUGUGGACAAACUUAUAGCCGUUGAAUGCAUACCAAUGAAUGAACAAGAACAAUAG